CGGGGCGGGUGGGGCCGAUGGCGGCCAUCGGUGUUCAUCUGGGAGCCACCUGUGCCUGCGCCGCCGUCUACAAGGAUGGCCGCGCAGACGUGGUCGCCAACGACGCCGGGGACCGAGUCACCCCCGCGGUUGUGGCGUUCUCGGAGAGCGAAGAGGUGGUUGGCUUAGCCGCAAAGCAGAGCAGGAUCAGAAAUAUUUCGAACACUGUAGUGAAAGUAAAGCAGAUCCUCGGGCGAAGCGCUGGUGACCCUCAGGCAGAGAAAUAUAUUGCAGAAAGCAAGUGCUCUAUAAUUGAGAAGAAUGGAAAACUUCAAUAUGAAAUAGAUAAUAAACUUAUUAACCCAGAAGAUGUGGCAAAACUGAUUUUCAGUAAAAUGAAAGAGACUGCUCAGUCUGCAUUGGGUUCAGAUGUAAACGAUGUUGUUGUCACUGUGCCAUUUGAUUUUGGAGAGAAUCAGAAAAAUGCCCUUGGGGAAGCAGCUGCAGCUGCUGGGUUUAAUGUUAUGAGAUUAAUCCAUGAACCAUCUGCAGCUCUCCUUGCUUAUGGAAUUGGCCAGGACUCACCCACUGGGAAAAGCAAUGUGUUGGUUUAUAAACUUGGUGGGACAUCACUUUCUAUCACAGUCAUAGAAGUAAACAGUGGGAUAUAUCGUGUGCUUGCUACAAACACGGAUGACAGCAUUGGUGGAGUUUGCUUCACAGAAGCUCUGGCACAACACUUAGCUUCUGAAUUUCAGAGGUCUUGUAAACAUGAUAUUAGAGGAAACCCCAGAGCCAUGAUGAAGUUAAUGAACAGUGCUGAUAUUGCAAAACACUCUUUAUCGACCCUGGGAAGUGCAAACUGUUUUGUAGAUUCGUUGUAUGAUGGAUUGGAUUUUGAUUGUAACGUGUCCAGGGCCAGGUUUGAACUUAUCUGUUCUUCACUUUUUAGUAAAUGUGUAGAAGCCAUUAAAAACCUCUUGCAGCAAGUUGGAUUUACAGCAGAUGAUAUUAAUAAGGUAGUUCUGUGCGGUGGGUCUGCUCGAAUCCCAAAGCUACAGCAGCUGAUCAAAGACAUUUUCCCAACUGUGGAGUUACUGAAUUCAAUUCCUCCAGAUGAAGUUAUUCCCAUCGGUGCAGCCAUAGAGGCAGGAAUUCUGCUAGGAAAAGAGAAUACCUUGUUAGAAGAAGAAGCACUUAUUGAGUGUUCUGCCAAAGAUAUUCUUCUAAAGGGAGUAGACGAGUCAGGGGCUGACAAAUUCACAGUGCUGUUUCCAUCAGGGACACCACUGCCAGCUCGAAGGCAGCACACCCUGCACGCCCCUGGAAACAUUUCUUCUGUGUGCCUUGAACUGUACGAGUCGCUGGGGAAAGGUCCCAUGAACGAAGAAGAUAAAUUUGCCCAGAUUGUACUCCAGGAUUUAGAUAAAAAGGAGGAUGGCCUACAUGAUAUACUAACUGUUCUCACUAUGAAAAGGGAUGGGUCCUUGCACGUUACCUGCACGGAUCAAGAUACCGGGAAGUGUGAAAUCAUCACUGUUGAAGUGGCGUCGUAGCCUGUUGUGAAAGGCAACAUUUUUCUAAGUUGGUUUUUGUCUCUUACUUCCUUCUCUGCCAAAGCAAUGACUCUCUGGGAUGUCUUUGAUUCUUAGAGGACUGUAAUAAACUCAGCACAUUAAUUUGCCACCAAGUCUGUUUGGAGUGGAAAGCAUGGUGCAGUAUGUUAAUCAAGACAUGCAGACAGCAGAUCAUUGAAUUAUCAGCACUUGAUUUAAAAAAUGCGAAGCACAAAUGCUUGUGCCUGUGGUUCAGCAACAAGCAU